UAAAGUAGUGUCAACAAGGAAUAGGACAACUUUCAUAGAUAUACCAACAAAGUACACGAGAUGUAGUGUAUAUCGGAUUGGAAUUUAUCAAGAAAAAGAUUGCUUAGGUGAUACUAGCAGGCCACAUCUCAGGCAGGAGAAGGUUAUAUCUCCACCCAUCGCGGAGGAAUACAUUAGUGAAAUUCGACAGUAGUCUCGAGAAGAGAAGCUUUGAAUCUGUUAGGCUAUAGGACUGUGUUGUGACUUUAAUUUUAUUUGUGUGGUGAACUAUGGCCACCCAGACAGUACAGGGGAUGAAGACCGAACCUGUAGUACAGCAGACAACAUCUCAGGUGAGAGAACCCCAGGGGGCUCAGAUCAUCACUGCAAAUGGCCAGACAUACUCAGUGAUGCCCCAGGCCCAAAUGCAAACAGUAACCAUUGAUGGACAAGAGGCAAUCUAUAUACCAGCACCUAUGCAGCAUGCACCUGCCACACAACAGAUACAGAUAGCAGGAAAUCAAGCCAUAUUUACUCCAACAGGACAAAUCAUAAGAGCUCAAAAUAUCAUCCAGAAUGUGCAAAGCGUUGGUCAAGUAGGAACGCCAAUAACUGUAGGUGGUGUGAGACCUGCAACAGCCACAGCAGGAGCGGGCCAGGCAACUCAAGCACAAGUAAAUCAGAUGGCCACACAAGUGAUGCAGUCAGGGGUCGCUGGUGUACCCCAGGCCACCAUCCCCAUCCAGAUUCCCAUAUCAACAGCUGGAGGCCAAACUGUUUUUCAGACUAUUCCCUUCCCUGUACAGAUUCCUGUUCUUCCAAAUGUUGUGCAAGCUAAUGGCCAGACACUGCAAGUUAUGCCUCAGCUGACACAGCAAGUACAAGCUCAGCCCCCGAUUGCACAAAUUCUGCUUCCAAAUGGCCAAGUACAACAAGUGCAGAUGCUAUGGGGUAGUGCAUCAGGCAUGAUGUCUCUUGGGUCAACUAAUUUUGGAUCUGCUGCCAUGACCCAAUUAGCCACAUCUCAGCCUCUCACCACAUCUACCUGGGCUACCAACACUAUAUCAACACCAUCUGUUGCUAUACCAACUGUCCACAGCAGCGCAACCACCAAUGUUACGGCUGAGAGCAAGCAACAAGCAACACAGCAGGCAUCAUCUGGAGGAGCAACCACUAUAACAUCAACGAGCCCUUCACAGGUGGUAGGGCCUGGAGCAACCAUAACAGCUUCAAAUACCUCACAGCUUUUACCACAAGGCAUUACUGUUUCCCCACAAUUACCAGGAACAGUUGGUGGUGGUGGUGUAACAGUAGUGCCAGUGAGUCAGGCAUCACAGUUACGGACGGCUGGACCAACAGCUAUGGCUGCCCAACAGAACACUAUUCAGUUCCCUCAAAUACAAGUGGUGCAGCCUAUGUUUCAACACAUUCCUGGUAUUGGCCAGGUACAGGUGGUAUCUCCAUCAACCUUACAGACCCUCACAUCUUCUAUAACAGGAUCCUCACAACCCAUCUCUCUCUCUGCUUUGAAUGCUGUCCCAACAUCCACUACACAGCCAGUCACGACUGCUUUACCCACGCAAAUUUUACCUGGAGGAGCACAAAUAAUCAGUGCCAGUGGGUUUCAGGGUGAAGGAGAUGGAACCAAGUGGGUUGUGUCAACAGGAGGUCAAGUAAACCAGGCCCAGGUUAUCCCACAGCCAGAACAUUCACCCACCAGUGAAACAGUUAAGACUAGGCUACGUCGUGUGGCAUGCACGUGUCCAAACUGUAAAGAAGGAGACCGAGGGGGAGACAACAAGAAGAAAGUGCAUAUAUGUCAUAUUCCUGGUUGCAAUAAGAUGUAUGGCAAAACAUCACACUUAAGAGCUCAUUUAAGAUGGCAUUCUGGAGAACGGCCAUUCAGGUGCUCUUGGCUUUUCUGCAAUAAGAGGUUCACACGUUCUGAUGAACUACAGCGUCAUAAGCGCACACACACAGGGGAGAAGCGGUUUCACUGCCCAGAGUGCCAGAAGCGUUUUAUGCGUUCUGACCAUCUCUCAAAGCAUGUUAAAACCCAUACAAAACAGAAGGGGAUGGUGAGUACUUGGAAUGUUUUCUCAAAUAAUAUUUCGAAUCCCACACAAUCUUCAGAGAGUAGCAACUCCUCAGAUGCAGGAGAGAAAAUGCUUAUCACAAUGCCAGACCAGUCUGUCGAUCCCCUCCACAUCUCUACUGAUGGAGACGUGCCUACCAAUGUUCCUCAACCACAGUGAUCUCUUAGGUCAUGUCACUUAUUUUUUUGUAAUUAUCAAGAUAUUCAUCCCCAAACAACAAAAUUAAAUACAGUAGUUAACAUGUACAGUAAGUGAAGAGCAAGAUAUAUCUAUAGAGUAACCCCCAAACUUUCCUCAUGCUGUUUUUGUUCUUAGUGCUGUACAAACAAGUGGCACUUUAUUCCUUGGUCAGAUUAUCUAAAGCAACCAAUUUUUUUUAUCCAUUGCUUCAAAGAUUGCAUUAAAUCUUCACCACAUGAUGGUGGAGAGGACAGCAUAUGUAGUGUUUGGGGAUAUAUAUUUUUGAUUUGCCACCCUGCUUUCGAUACAGGAAAUGGCAUUCGUGAUAAGUAGACUAAAUAUAAAAUGGAUAAGGUGUGAAAUAAUUUCCUUGUCUUAUUCAUCUCAAAGAUGACUUUGUUUAUACAGGGAAUAAUUGUCAAAGUAUAUGUGAAAUACAUAAUCGUUUUUAUCAAGUUUUAAGCUGGACAAUGCUGCUCCUUCUGUAAUUUUUUUAUUAUUUUUUUUUACUUGGAUUAAAAUGCAUCCCAGUUACCAAUUAUAAUGUUGUAGAAUGUGAAAUAACAAAACACAAAUAGAUCAAUUGAACAUUGUGAUAAAUUAUGAAUUGUAAAUGAGUCCCUUGUUACUGUCCAAUCCUAAGUAUAAAAUAUUUAGUAUCUAAAUGUAUGGUGUGGUAUAAUCAGAAAUAGAAAUGGGGUUGUGUGAUGAAAAAAGGGGAUGCUAUUAUUAACCAACCCCAAACACUGCCCAUAGUGGUUAUGCAGUACAGAAAACCCUUGUUAUUCACGGGGUUAGGUUCUAAGGAAUGGCACAAAUAGACAAAACCGUGAAUAGCACCUUAGACUACCUUAGUGCACUACUGUAUACUUAUACCAAACAACUGACCAGCCGUGGCACCACUUAUUCCCUCUUUUAACUUAUCUAGUAAUUCAACUUUCUUUGUCAGUGUCAUCACUGUCUUCUGCCUUUUACAUUGCACUCCACUAGCAUCACUAGCACUGACACUUGGCAGUCUUUUAAAGGCUAUUUCACACAGAAACACUAUUGUUUUGAGAGUACAACUUGAGAUGACGCGUGGGGUGACUCGUUGUGCUGCUGGAAAAGGCUUGCAAACUAUCCACCAUCUGAUUACUGUGAAUCGUCAAAAUCACGAAUCGCAAACCCACGAAUGGCAAGGGUCUGCUGUAUUGCCGCAUGUUAAUUUUGCCCCCAUAUCUGUACAUAAUCUUGUGCACAGCUUUGCUCAAGUUAAAUGUGGAUCCAAUUAUAUAUAUAUAUAUAUAUAUAUAUAUAU